UUUAAGGCUCGCACACGCGGGUCUGCGGAGAUACUUUUGGGGCCUCGCAGCUUACGAUCGCUGCUUGGGUCACUCGGUCCUCUUUUUCUCUAUUCCUCUACCACCCACGGGGGCUGCGCUCUCGCCGGGUCUCUGUAUUUCCUUUUCUUUUUGGCCUUGAACUGAUCCAGGUGGGAGACAGGUCGGCGGGUGGAAAAAGGUAGAUAGACAGGCAGACUCAACAGGUCGGAGCAGGGAGAGGGACUCUCGGACCCUGCGCCUCCGCGCGGGGGACCCCUAAGGAGGUGUCGGAUUGGGGGGGGGGUCAGGAGAGCUGCCCUGGUGGGUUUCAUUUCAGUUGUGACCCCAACACCCCCGGCGCCACACAGUCCCCGGCCGGAGGGUGCUUUUCACUCCUAGCUGGAAGGGGAGAAGGAAUCUGGAGGACGGUCGGUCCACGCCUGCUGAUCCGGACGCCGAGCCACGCGCAGGUCCAUCUCCAAGCCCCGGCUACGACUCUACCAACUAGUUGUGCAGCCGCAGGGACUGAACUUUGGAGGAACCGACCCUUCCUCUCAUUCUAAGAUUACUGGAGGAGAUAGAAGGUGGAAGGCUUAGCGGAGGCCAGCGACCCCGCCACAAUGUUGGUGAAGAAGCUUGCAGGGAAAGGAGGGGGGCGAGAGUCUGGAUCAGAAGAUCCGCGCCCCUUGGGACAGCGUUGUGCCGGCACCAUGCCCUCGUGUACGGCCCUGGCGACCCUCUUGUCAGUGGUUGCUGUGGCUUUUUGUUUUUAUCUUGGGGUGAAAACCAACGACCUCCAGGCGAGGAUUGCUGCUCUUGAAUCUGCUAAAGGGACCCCUUCCUUCCAUCCGCUGUCUGACACCAUGGAUGAGCUGAAGGCAAUGGUUCAGGAGAAAGUGGAGCGUCUCUUGGCUCAGAAAUCCUACGAACAUAUGGCUAAAAUAAGAACGGCCAGGGAGGCACCUUCAGAGUGCAACUGCCCAGCAGGUCCUCCAGGGAAACGAGGGAAGAGAGGCCGACGAGGAGAAUCUGGUCCUCCUGGUCAGCCUGGUCCUCAGGGCCCUCCUGGUCCAAAAGGUGAUAAGGGAGAACAAGGUGAUCAGGGACCUCGGGGCCUGCCAGGCUUCCCCACAGUUGCUGCCCUCCACAGCAAUCAGAUCCUCACUGUCAAGGGUGACCAAGGACAGGCAGGGCCUCCAGGACCCCCAGGCCCUCCUGGUCCAAGAGGCCCACCUGGGGACACAGGAAAGGAUGGCCCCCGAGGAAUGCCAGGAGUACCUGGUGAACCAGGAAAACCAGGAGAACAAGGCUUGACGGGACCUCUGGGGCCUCCAGGACAAAAGGGUUCCAUUGGAGCACCUGGGACCCCAGGCAUGGAUGGGCAAAAGGGUGAGCCUGGAUCACCUGGAGCAGCCGGGCAGAGUGGACUACCAGGACCUAAGGGAGAACCUGGAAGAGAAGGAGAAAAGGGAGAUGCUGGAGAAAAUGGUCCCAAAGGUGAUACAGGAGAAAAGGGUGACCCUGGAUCAUCUGCUGCAGGAAUUAAGGGGGAACCUGGAGAAUCUGGCCGUCCGGGGCAGAAGGGUGAACCAGGGCUGCCUGGGCUGCCUGGACUUCCGGGGAUAAAGGGAGAACCAGGCUUCAUUGGUCCUCAAGGAGAGCCAGGGUUACCAGGGCUACCAGGAACAAAAGGUGAUCGUGGGGAGGCGGGGCCUCCUGGAAGAGGUGAACGAGGAGAUCCUGGAGCCCCAGGGCCAAAGGGGAAACAAGGUGAAUCAGGAGCUAGAGGCCCGAAGGGGUCAAAGGGUGAUCGUGGAGACAAAGGAGAUUCUGGCGCUCUGGGGCCACGGGGUCCACCUGGACAAAAGGGAGACCCAGGAGCCACAGAGAUCAUAGACUACAAUGGCAACCUCCACGAGGCCUUACAGAGGAUUACCACCUUAACUGUCACGGGCCCCCCUGGACCUCCUGGACCUCAAGGACUACAAGGGCCAAAGGGUGAGCAAGGCUCUCCAGGAAUCCCCGGAGUUGAUGGAGAACAGGGACUCAAAGGUUCCAAGGGAGACAUGGGGGACCCAGGUGUGCCAGGUGAAAAAGGAGGACUGGGACUUCCUGGAUUGCCGGGUGCCAAUGGAGUAAAAGGAGAGAAAGGAGACUCCGGUUUGCCAGGUCCUCAGGGGCCUUCUAUCAUAGGCCCACCAGGCCCUCCAGGUCCCCAUGGCCCACCUGGUCCCAUGGGGCCCCAUGGACUUCCUGGACCAAAGGGUGAACCAGGGUUAAAUGGUGUUAAAGGAUUGAAGGGUGAACCAGGUCAAAAGGGUGACAGAGGACCCCUUGGUCUUCCAGGGGCAUCUGGCUUAGACGGAAAGCCAGGAUCCCGGGGUGCAGAUGGUCCUAUAGGACCCCACGGCCCUGCAGGACCCAAAGGAGAAAGAGGAGAGAAAGGAGCUGUGGGAGAGCCUGGACCCAGAGGGCCCUAUGGGCUGCCUGGCAAAGAUGGAGAACCUGGUCUUGAUGGCUUCCCUGGUCCUCGAGGCGAGAAGGGUGACCUGGGAGAAAAGGGAGAAAAGGGGGAAAAGGGAAAGAAAGGCAAAAGGGGGCCUAAAGGGGAGAAAGGAGAACAGGGCGCUCCUGGAUUAGAUGCACCUUGCCCGUUGGGACCUGAUGGGUUACCUAUGCCUGGCUGCUGGCAAAAGUGACGAAUCUAACCUUCCGAGCAUGAAGUUGUGUAUAUAAUGGUCCACCUUUUAUAUUUAUAGUUGAAAAACUGCAGUGCAGAUUUUGCAAGUGUGAGAUCUGCCCACCCGACACACGGCUUCUCCCUGUCCACAGUAGCACCCUUAUCUAUCUUUCCUCACGUCUGAAGCUAGGCAGUUCACAGAAGUGAGGAACCCGCAGGAAGUAUAGCGUCUCUAUUUUAUGUGAACAUAUGUAUGUGUUUAUACAGACACCAGUGAUAGAGAUCAGUUGAUUGCUUUUGCUGUCUUCUUAUUUGGGGCUUGUUAAUUGCAUGGACAAAAAGUGCCAUGAAAUAGUUUACAUGAAAUUGUGACCAAAUAUGGACUCAAAAGCUAUGAAUACGCGGCACACAUUCCCCGGUAGCAUUCAUUCAUGCCUACACCACCUACUGAAACUGACUAAAACCAGCAUGAGCGUGUGCCAAACCUGCUUGUGCAAAUGCGAUGCUUGCUUGCAUGCUGCCUAGUGAGGUCUCGGCCUACAUCUGAGCUCCUAUUCCUUUUGUCAUCUCAAGGGGGUUACACCGUGGCUUAUAGCCAAAAAGAGAUAAGUUGACGGAGAGCGUGCACACACACAGUUGGUCUUAUAUUUUGAGGGAGUUGCAGUCCCGACUGCAGAUCCACACAGUUCCUGAUCUUGUGCGCUCAUGUGACCACCUUGGUUGAAAUACCAAAGGGUUAGGCUGAUGGCUGCCUCUAGUUUUCCUCGGGCGUCGAUUGGUGGUGAAGAUGCGGGACGAGGACCGGUUCAGCACUCCUGCACUGUCUUCCACGUGACCAAGUUGGAAGGAGGUUUACAAAUGCUAACACCCAGAAAGGCAGAAAUUGGAUUAUUUUUACGUGAUCUGAUCUGACUCCCCACGGGAGAAUGUCAGGGGUAUGCAGCAGUGUUUUGGAGACAGCAGAGCCUUGGAAUGAAAGCCCCUGUCAGUGCAGAUUGAAAGGUGUGGACAUCCUAUCAGAGCUCAGGUUGCUGAAGAGAGACUGUGUCCCAAGAUGGGACCGGACAGAAUAAGCUGUGCUACAAAGCAGACUUUAACCAAAGGUCGUCGGAAAGUGUCCCUUGCUUCCUUCCUGGGUUGAUCCAUACCAAAUGUUUUUCUACAAGUUCGAGAAGCAAAAUGCAGUUUCCAUUUUUUCUCAUACUUUUUAUUUUCUUAGUCCAGGAACAGAAUUUGCUUCAGUUUGGGUCUCAUAGGUUUUUAAACAAUAGUUUUAGAAAAGCUUUCAGAUCAUAAUUUGAAUCCAACAGUAAAAAUAACCUCUUCACAUCUCUUUUUGUUGUUUGUUUGUUUAAUUGAAGAAAUUAUAGGGAGACUCUAUUUUUGACUUAACCAUUGUAAAGAAUGAAGGUUAAGGAUUUUUUUCACUACUUUUUGAUUUAUAUUGACAAAUGUGCCUGUCAGUUAUUGUAAAGUCAAAUUUUUAUCACAUUUUGGUAGCAUGAACUUGCUUCUUCUAAACUUCUCUUUUUGUAUAUUGAAGUUUAUUUCUCACUUUUGUUUUUACAUUUCUAAGUGUUUGUCUUAUGCACAGACCAAAUCUGAGAUCUCAGAAAGCUCUGAUACACAGUUGCCGUAAGAUGAGUCUCGUUUUGACUGACUUGCUCAAAACUCACCUACAUAGUCUUAGCCUGGACAUUGCUUUGCGCGGUGGAGACUUUGCGACAUGUUUUGAAAGAACUUAUUCUAUGUGGAAGGGUUGCUUCAAAGGAGCGCCAUCAUUGGGAACAGUCACUCUGGCAGCCCUUUAGAGAACGUCAUUUCCCUCGGUGAUUAAAUGCCGUUUUUAUGGGAAUGUUUCAAGUUCUGUGCUUGGAUCUUUAGCACCAGAGGGGAAAUUAGUUCAUGCUUAGGAGAACAGCAAUGAAGAUACAGUUUCAAGACAUAUCUCAAGAUGCCGUUCAUAUUGUAUAACCAAAUGCUUGAUCAUGCAAAAUGGUGUCAUCUUUUUAUUUCUUUAUGUCAUUUCUGAGAUUAGAAUUUACUAUUUCUGAUAACAUUCCACAGCCCGAAGCUAAUUUAGCAUUUUUUAAGCAUUUUUUUUUUAAAUGGAGAGUAUUUUCUAACAAUUUCUUGUAUGGUGUAGUUAGGGUAAAGUAUUUCUCAAUAUAUAAAACAAUUCGUCUUAAGUCAUUUGGGGGACAAAAGUGAGCCCAAGACUACACAUUAUCUUCAGAAAACUGGAGCAACUAUCGAAUCUUGAGGCCAUCUGGUGACUGUGUCUCCUCUUAUCUUCCUCUCUGUUUCUCCACUAGAAAGAGGUAUUGAGAGAGAUUGUUAUUUAAAAGUUAAACAGAUUCAGAUGAGACUAACUCAACAACAAAAGAAGUGUUAAAGCACUGGACAUACCCCUGUAAAGAUGCCACAUAGACUGUGUGUGCAGUGGGGGUCUGGUUUGUAAGACACAUGUAAAGUUCCAUUUCAUGGACUUCCUUGGAACAGACAAAUGGAAUGAUGUUAGUCCUCUGUGCUCACCAAGCGUUAGCCUUAAACUUCGGGCUAUUAAGACAUCGUUAAACAUCCAUUUUGUCAUCAAACUGAAUAAUUUCCAAAUGAAUCAAUAAUAAAUCAUCAUUGCUGGUACAUAGGUUGAUUGAUAGGUAGCAUUCUUCCUUAUAAAGACUUCUUCAGGAGAAUUAAGGGAAAAUACUUAUGAAGCACCCAUUGGAAACAGGUCAAGGCCAGGUUUUUUUCAGAGACAGCCAAUCUCUCUAAAGGAUGCUAUUGUUAUGUUUCCAUUUACAGUGUUUUCCAUUUGUGUUGUUGGUGCUAAUAGAUCGUCUUCCUUUUUAUCUUUAUGGACCGUGGGCUUCUAUUGUGGGUAAUUUCAUUUCUCUGUUUAAUGGCAUUCCUAAGCUGUUAGUGCACAGUUCCGCUUUGGGAGUUCAUGAAUUUGUUGUAGUUCAUAGGCCAGCCUUUCCUAAUGUAAAGCAGCCUUCCGCAGGGGCUCCCCUUACUCUGUGGCAGCCUUCCGCGGGGCUCCCCGUCCUCUGUGCUCAUUUUAUACACCACAUGCCUUUAUCAGUUUGCAUUGCCUCCUCUUUUGAGUCACUCGCCUUUCAGCUUCCAUAGCCAGUGUUAGAGAAGUUUGCUCUGACUCGUAGGGCACCUGGGAAAUGGCUGUCCUUCUCCAUCAUUAAAUGCAGCCUUGGAGGAGUUUUCCUUAUCCCGUUAUUUUGUGGAGAACAUUGGAAUGCCGCUCCUUCCUACCAGUAGAAAGUUCCUGGUUUUGUAUUUACACUCUGUGCUGCAUCUGAUGUGUUCAUGGGGCAGUUCACAUAUAUUACAUGGACUUUGUGUGUAUAUAUCUGCUAGCUUGAGAAAAUAGUCAGAUCACCAUUCUGUACCUUGGGGAAGUUGUCCUUGAUCUCUUACAGUUUUGGUACUUAAGGAAAUGUGCCUAAAGUAUUUCCAAGGAUGCUUUUAAAUAGUGCUAGUGAAGCACUAAGAAAUAACAGUUUUAAUCCGCCCCCACUCCACUGUAUCUGUCUUCUGGCAAUUCAGUUUCUUCUCAUACUCGGUCAAGAGAAACUUGGAUGCUGACAUUUGAAACCCUGAUUUUCUUCCUUUCUUGAUAUUCACAUUAUUUAAUGCUACCAAGACAAAGAAUUUAAUAACUUUUACCCCUCAAAAAAAGUUUUGCUAUAAGGUUCAAAGGAGCCUUAUCAUUCCAGAUAUGCUGAGAAUGGUCAGAUCUGAUGCUGGUGACUGACAGAUCUGAGCAGUUAUAAUUCUGCCAAACUGUGAUAGGCUGUACAGGUCUUCUGUCCCUCCUUCUGUUUUCCUAACAUAUUUUCUCUUCCAUCAUCUUCUUUUUGCUCCACAUUAUAUACCAGAGACACUCCUCCCACUUAGAUUGCUGGUGAAUUUAUUUAGUCUUUUUCUUACUUUUAUACUAAUAAACAUUUGAAUGGCUUUUUUUUCUUUCCACUAAAAUGUAUGAACUGCCUCCUCUGCUUACUGGCAGAGUGAUUUGGAGACAGGAGGAUGGACCUCAUUGUGCUUGAUUUCUUGACAAGAAAAAAAUACCAACGUUUUCAAAAUGAGUUGAUAUUCUGACCCAUUUCGGAAAUACUAAUGAGUCAGAUUCGAAAAGGAAUGUCUCCCACAUUGCUGACAUCUGGGUGGAUAGUCCUUACAGUGUUGUAAAUGUUUCAUUGAGCUGGACAUUUUUUAAAAGAUGUAUGUAUCUGAUUUAUCUUUUGGAAAUAUUAUAUUUUUAUUUGUAUUUUUUACAUUUUAAAGUUCAUCUCUAUGUGCAGCUAUUUUUAUAUUGCCAAAAAUUCAACAUAAAUACAUAGUAAGAGGGAAAUGGGGGGACAAGUGGCAAGUGUAACCUUGUGUGGGUUUUUUUGUUAAUGUUUUAUGGGCCAGUCUCAUGUACUUGGUUAUUCUAAGAAUACGUUGUAUCUUUCCACUGUACAUAUGGCAAAACCUGGUCAUCUCGGUAGUGUAAAUAUUUAAAAGAUUGAUUUUCCCCGUUGGAUUUCUUAUUUCAAUUGUAAUUUUUCUGACUGUCAUCGCUGAGUCAACGGCCUGCGAGGGUUUUGAUUUGCAGGCUCAAGGUGAUUGCUUUGUGUUUGCUUUCUAAUUUGUUUUUUUAAUUACUUUCCAAACUUGUUUUCAGGGUUCCUAGUUUGUGAGAAGUUGACCUUCGGAGUUAUUUUUACACUAUUUAUGACUUAUUUUCAUAAUGUAAAAAGUGUGUAAUUAUUAUAACAUUCACCCAAACAAUGAUAAUGAGUUGUAUCGUUAUAAAGUUUUAAUGA